AUGAGUGUACAGAGAACUCCCCCUCGUGGAAACUCAAUUACUUGCAGCGAAAGUACUGGUGGAUCAGUGCCCAAUUUGUGCACUUAUAAAAAUGAUGAAUUACGUUAUAAUGUAAACAUAAGGAAGAGAAAAGAUCGAACAGAAGAAUAUGACUAUAAGCAAGAUUUUAGCGACUUCAAGACAGAUAUUAUGAAAUUAUUCGAAGAUUUUGGUAAAAUGCAAUGUGAAAAUAUGACCUUGAUAAGUAGCAAAAUAUCUGAUAUUAGAACGGAAAUAAAAAACAUUAAAGUGCUAUCUUGUGGAGGCACGGUAUAG